AGGCGCCGCUAAAAGCCACCGCCCACCCUGGAAUUUUUCUCGUCAGAUUCAAUCGACAUCACGACUGCAGCGAUCAGGGCCGGCAGAUUGGGGGUGGCCGCCCCGCCGUCCGCGCUCGGAUCCACCAACAUCAACCAUUCCCGUGAGCACUCCACUAUAUUCCCCCCUGAUUUCAGCGACCGGCGACGGCGGAUUGGAGGAGGUCGCCCGACCGGCCGAGCACGGAUCCACCGCAUCAACCGGCGACAGUGGAUUGGAGGCCGCCCCACCCGGCUCUCUUUCCCGAACGAUUGCAGCGAUCGGCGGCGGCUCACGCUCCAGUUACUAAAAUCAUGCCACCAGUUCUGGAGAGUGAUAUGCAUAGCAGUGAAUAUCUUGCGGAACAGAAACGCAAGGGUGAGGCGUAUCUGAAGGAAAGGGAUGCAAGGAUUGCGGAACGCAAGGCUGUAGAGAGGGAGUAUCUUAAAGACAUAAAAAGCUUAGCUCGUAGCCUUGUAUACCCUAGUGCCUCUAAUGUGCAACCGACACAAAAUGCACGAGCUACUGAUGAUCGCAGCGACUCAGAGUAUGAACCAGAUGCUGAAGAGGAGGCCCAUGGAGAGGAAGAGGAUUUGAGAGAUGAAGAAGAGGAGGUACAUUGUGGAUUCACUUGCUCUAAUUUCACCUUGCUUGUAUCAUGUCAAGACCGGUAGCAUGAGCGAGCCAGCACUUCUAGCUCAUAAUGCAAUGGAAAAGAAAAGGAAAACACAAUCAGAAGGUGAGCAGCCAGUAUCCGAUACAGCGAUUGUGGCUGAAGUUCUAAAGGAAGAAAGCACCCAUAGCACCUUCCUUUCCGGCAUGGGGUAUGCAUCAAGAUCCGGGAGGUCUGGGAGCUCUACUUCAUCAGCCCAGAUCAAAGUUUUAGAAGAAAGAAUUGAACAGAAGGAUAGAGAGGCAAGAGAUGCAAAUGACAGGCAUCGAGAGGAGUUAGCCGCAAGAUUGAAGCACAAGAGAGAGCAUUUGAAGAGAUACAAAAGAAGCAGCAAGAAGAAUUGGAAGCUCUAAAGAAGAUCCAGGAAGAGAAGAAUGAAGCCUGGACAAAGAAGCAAAAGAAGACGGAUAAUCUGCUUGAUUUUCUCUUGAGGGCUCAAGCAACUCAGCAAGCAACUCAGUAGUCCCAGUCCAAACCAGAUGGUUCAUGAAUGCCAUCCUUACAUUGGAAUCAUCAGGAUAACAUAUGUGUCUUUAGUUAAUAUUAGUUUUCAUCUUGUCUAUUAUAUGUGUCAAACUUGAGUCAGUUUUUUACUGUCAUUUUUUUACAGAAUGAUUUGGCUGAGACGAUUUCAUAUAUAAUAUGAUUUGACUUUCAUAUCAAUUUAUGAUGUGAUUUUUCU